CGCUGGUCGAAUUACCAUCUCCAACGUCGAAAACAGCGUCCGAACAAGCUCGAUCGGCAUCAAUCCUCAUGGUUGUCUUUUGAGGAGCCUCCUCACCAUGGCCCAUCUCCUUCGAGGCAAGCAGGCAGGCAUCCAGAAUGAUCUCUCCGCGGGACUUCAACCAGAUGUCUUCGCCAUCGACGACCUCGCCCGCUAUGGUGUCAAUUCACAAAUUGCCUGCAUGGCAUACGAUCCGGUACAAUCACUCCUUGCAGUCGGAACCAAGUCAUCACAAUUCGGACCCGGACAGAUAUACAUGUUCGGCCGCGAUCGAGUCCAGGCAGUACUUCCUCUCCCAGCCCAUGGAGCAAGCCCCAAGACCCUGCAAUUCUGCGCCGAGAAGCUCGUAUGCUUGGACUCCAAGAAUGAUGUCUCCAUCUACUCCAUCGAGCUCAAACGACUCAUCACUUCGUUCUCUCCUCCCGGAGUGGUGACUGCAUUGUGUACGGAUCCGAUGCUGGACUACGCUCUGGUUGGGAUGCAGACUGGCGAUAUUCUUGCGUUCGACAUGGAUCGAGAAGCGGUGGCGCCUUUCAAGAUUCCGAACUUGUGGCAAGAAGUGGACUCACGCGCUCGCAUCCUCUCCGUGGUGUCAUUACAAUUCCACCCGCGAGACAUCGGUACGCUUCUCAUCGGCUACAGUCAAGGAGCUGCAAUCUACAGCUUCAAGCUGAACAAGGCGUUAAGAUUCUUCCACUACGAGGUUCCACGAGGUGCAGCAGGAGGCGAUGGCGAUCCCACAUCUGCAAACAUCAUCCGACGGCCGAAGCUCACACAAGCUGUAUGGCAUCCCACUGGAACAUUCAUCAUGACUGGACACGAAGACAGUUCGAUUGUCUUUUGGGAUACCAUGAAAGAUGGACGAAUUCUCACGGCGAGGACGUUGACCGAUACCAAUAUUGCCACUCCUGGUGUUGCUAGAGACAGCGCCGGAUCAAGACAAACCUUUGCGGUGAAGGAGCCUCUGUUCAAGAUGUCAUGGUGUGCCAAUCAACAGGAUCCUGAAGACACUGCCAUCUUGAUCGCGGGCGGUCAGUCAACUCAGGCUCCCAGCAAAGGUCUCACCCUUUUCGAAAUGGGUCGAACUCCUGUUUACGCCACAAGCGCAUGGGAGACACUUAUCGCAUACUUCGACUCGCCCAAGCGUCAACGUAUUCUUCCCACCCCUCCUGGCACCGAAGUGGUCGACUACUGCCUAAUACCGCGUUCGACGCCACAUUUCGCAGGUGCUCACGAUCCAGUUGCUGUCAUUGCUCUGCUAUCAUCCGGCGAGCUUCUCACUUUAUCAUUCCCUUCCGGCCUUCCCAUCAGUCCCUCGAACCAACUUCAUGUCUCUCUCACAUUCGUCCAUCCUUUCAUCCAAUCACUACACACCGCUCAGAUCGGACGUGAGAAAUGGCUCGGUUUACAAGAACGUCGUCAACAAGGUCCUAAGAUCUUGCAAGGUGGAAUCGAGCUCCCAAGCCUGAUACGACGUCAUGGAGACCGCAAUAUUAUCUAUUCAGUACAUGCUGAUGGUACCGUCCGCCUAUGGGAUCCUGGUCAUGGAGACGAAAUCGAGAAUGAGAAGGUGCUGCAGGUAGACAUCGCACGUGCUGUCGGCCAUUGGGACAACGUUGCGGUGACGGCUACUUCAUUUGCUGGAGCCAGUGCCGAGCUCGUUGUCGGCUUGCGUAGCGGCGAAGUGGUCGUCUUCCGCUGGGGGACCAACCGAAAUGCAGGCCGAGAUCCUCCGCCGGCACAACCGACCCAGCCCGGAGUGUUGACAAAUGUAGUGAACCGUGUGGAGGCGUCUUUGAGCGAAGGUCUCAUGCCGUUGACUAUGCUUGAUCAAAAAGACGGUCCGGUCACGGCGGUCUGUAUGAGUGAGAUUGGCUUUGUUGCCGCUGCUUUCGAGGGUGGCAGUAUAGCCUUGAUCGACCUUCGAGGACCAGCAAUCAUCCUCAAGACCUCCGUGCAGGAUUUCGCCAAAGGCAACAAAACUGGCUCCCUUCGCCGCCGAGCAAGCAGUUCCGAACCAAAGCCAGAAUGGGCCACCAAGCUCGAAUUCAGCAUCAUGGCCCUCGAGGGAGAAAAUUACAGCUCCAUUCUCCUCCACGUGGGCACCUCUCUCGGCAAUCUUGCAACCUUCAAAAUUAUCCCCGACCCGAGCGGACGCUACACCGCUCAAUUUGCAGGCCACCUCACCCUCGACAGCACCCGCAUCAUCUCCAUCACACCCAUCUCCGCCGACAGUGGCAAAGCCGCCGCCGCCUCCCAAACCGUCAUGGGUAAUCUCCGCUCCGGCAUCAAAGUCAACGGCGCUCUCCUCGUCGUAACCCCAACGUCCAUCUCCCUCUUCCGCCCUGCUACCUCCAAGGGCGCCCACAAGUCCUUCGACAACUACUUCUGCGACAGUGCAGGGUACAUCCGCUACCAAGACGCCGGCCAUGCCCUCCUCACCCUCUCCGGCGACGGUAAAGCCCGGGCCUUCUCCCUGCCCCAACUGCGAGAGAUCACCACCCUCGACCUCACCAACAUCAACGACACCGGCUCAGGCUUAGAUGUCCGCCGUUUCCCUUCCGCUUCCAUCACUCCCUCGGGCCACAUCCUCGCCUUCACCGGCCCGAGCGAGGUCGCUCUGCUCAACAUCUUCGGCACCGGCGAGACGCUACAUCGCCGCCAAGACCGCCUCUUCAACCCUGACGCUCUCAUCCCUCCUCGGCCUACAAUCUCCAACGUGCAAUGGCUCACCGGCACACAACACGUCACGCCCUCAGACAUGGACAUCCUCAUCGGCGGGUAUUGGGGAUAUAUGCAGCGGCAACUGGCGGAGCGGACGGAGAAGUUGGGAUUGGUGGGCGAUAGUAUGGAGAAUCUGGAGCAGAAUAGUAAGAGUUGGGUGGAUGAUGUGAAUAAGUUUGUGUCGAAGCAGAAGAGGGGUGCUGCGACGGGGUGUAAGUCUUUUACCUUACCCUUUUCCCCUCGCGACGAGAUGAUGGAUGGAGCUUUGCUAACGUGA